UCUACUCCACGUAAACCAAAUCAAAACCAUUCAUUCGUAAAAAUGUUUGUUGAAGGAACCACUAAGUAUUUGUCAACGUUUUUCUUUAAAGCUAUUCAUCUAAGCUUUUUAUGUAUUAUCAUACACUAAGUACAACAGCGAGUCGUUGUUGUCACAGGUCAAAUCUAAUCGUAUCAGACUUAAGUUGUGAAAAGGGUUAAUCCGUCCACGAGUCUACUUUUAGAUGGUGAGCCAUGUGCGUAUAUCCAGCAUUUUUUUCACGCAUAUUUGCGUGAAAGCCAAGGUCGACAGGAUUGCUAACAGAAAUACGCCUUGAUAAAGACAUCGUAUAGCCUUAAGAAAUUUCUCUCGCAUAAGGCAAGUCCCGUGCGAAGUUAGCUCAAGAACAAGUUGCAAGAACACAGUCGGACCGAUAAAGAAGGCUGGUCUCAACUUGCUUUUUGUCAAUACUUGACAGAGUAGUAGUUAUGGAACUGGUAUGAUUUAAUUGAGCAUGCCAAGACCAGUUUGGUCGAACAUUUCGCAAAACCGAAUGCUGCCGUACAGUCAAGUACAUUAAAAGCAGGCAACAUAUAGGUUUGACCGGUUGCUGAUGUGCAAUUUUGUUUCUGCUCCAGGGAGAGGGACUAUGCUGCGAACCGUUUUGCCGAAGACGGCGCGACCCUCGCGGAAACAGCUUCAUCUCGGAACAGGUCUCCAUCAUCUACGGGAAAUUAGAAGGAACUGUGUCGGUAUACAGCUCAUCCCGGCUGUCAUCCGAGAACGGGUGUUUCGUUCCGGUAGGGUGAGCAAACCCGAAAAGGACCUCCUGAUGAAUGUGCAGUCUCAUCUAGAAAAACACAAAUUGUGGAAUCGUGAAUCUGAUCCGAUAGCCGACGUUUCGAUAGAUUUGCCAGAACUUCUCGGAGAUAACUUGGAACAACACUUCCGGGAAAUUGGCAAAAAAUAUACAGAACCAUACUUAAAAGCUGUACGCGCUUUCGUUGACGCGACAGCGCCGCCUAUCCCUAAGCAAUUCGUUUUUCGGGAAGGAUGGGUGCGUUAUGAUGCAGAUGAAAAGCAGGUGCCAGUUGAAGCACCGCAGGGAAAAGCAAUCGUUUUCGACGUUGAGACCAUUGUUACAGAAGGUGGACUUCCUGCGAUAGCUACAGCGUUAUCUGACACACACUGGUAUUCAUGGUGUUCUUCAGCUCUUGUUAGAGCAAAGGACCACCACGUUGAAAGCGUGACACCCGAUAUGCUAGUUCCUUUGGGAUCUGGGAAUUGUGAACAAGUCGUUAUUGGACAUCACGUGGGGUUCGAUCGAUCAUUUGUUAAAGAAGAGUAUAAUAAUAGCUGUCCAAAAAGACGUUUCCUUGAUACGCUUUCAAUGCAUGUCUGUGUGUCAGGCCAGACAAGCGACCAGAGGAUACAAUAUCUCAAAAUGAGAAAGAAUGAAAUGAAUAACAUCGAGAUAAAGAACAACUCAGAGAAGCAGAAUACCAAACUAAAUAGAAAAGAGGAGACAGUUGAAAAUAAGCGAUGGUAUGAUGUUUCGGCUCCCAAUAGCCUUGCCGAAGUGUACCGUUUCUAUUGUAAAGAUGAACUUUCAAAAUCAGAAAGAAAAAUCUUUGAAGAAGGUUCAUCAGACGACGUACGGGCGAACUUUCAAGACCUAAUGAAAUACUGCGCUACUGACGUCAAGGCUACAAGAGAUGUCUUCGUGAAGCUUUUCUUUCUGUUCCGUGACCGCUUAUCCCAUGAUAUUACCCUUUUCGGGAUGAUGGAAAUGCUCACGGCAUAUUUGCCGGUGAAUCAGAACUGGAUUCGAUACAUGAAUCAGGCAGAGGCCGUAUACCAGGAUGUUAAUGCGGAAAUUAGGUUAAUUUUAAAUAUGAUAGCAAAUCGGGUCUGCCGGAUGAACCAAGGGGAAGCUUGGAGAAAAGACCCCUGGCUUUGGGAUCUCGAUUGGGGAACGCAGAAUAUGAAACCGAAAAGAAUUUCUACGCUACGGUCAAAGAAGUUGGGUGCGGUAGAGCAGACUUUAGCUAGGCGACCAUUCAUGCCUGGAUACCCUAAAUGGUACCGGGACUUAUGCAUCUCAAAACCGACAGAUCCAGCAGGUGGUCCCGAACUGGAUUUUGGAGCUUGGAAUAUUUCGACUCAAAUGCGAUGCGUUCCUAAGCUCAUGAAGCUGAUGUGGAACGGUUAUCCAUUACAUCAUCAUGAUGAGCACGGUUGGGGAUACCUACUUCCCGCCGAAAGUGAAGACCAACAUGUGACGGGGGUAAUGAGUGUUGGCAACCGGAGUGAGACGCAGUCCCAUAACGAUAAUGACGCGAGUGAUUAUAAGCCCAGAUUCCCAUACGAUGAGUACAGGAAAAUAAUUGAAGAAAGCCAAAGGAAGCGAACGUCAUUAAGUACUGAUACUCGAACCCCUGACCCCAUCAGUGAUAACAUCGAUUGCCACCUUGACGCAACGGGAACUAUGAAAACUGAUUUUGGCAAAAGUCGAAACGCUGACAAAUAUAAUGUCUACAAACGUAGUCCAAAUAAUAAGCCAAAUAACAAAACUAAGAGUUUUAAUGUUGAAGAAAGUGAAUCAACUUUUUCGAAAGUAAAUGCCAACAGUGAUCUUUAUGACAUAGGCAUUCAUGGGGUACGUUUUCGGAAGUUACCUCACAAGCAUGGACCGAAAUACAAUGUAGGCAAUCCGCUCUCAAAAGAUUUUAUCAGUCAGUUUGAAGGCAACGUACUUACGUCAUGGGAAGAUGAUAACGCAAAUACAUUAUUGAGGUUAGGCAAGCAGGCAACAUAUUGGAAAAACGCCCGCGAUCGGCUCAAAGAGCAGUUGGUUGUUUGGGUUGGACAAAAAGAGGGUGUCAUCUUGCCGCGGUUGAUGCCCGCAGGUACAAUAAGUCGCCGAGCCGUAGAAAAGACAUGGCUUACAGCCAGCAAUGCUAGAAAAGACCGAAUCGGAUCUGAGCUCAAAGCGAUGAUUCAGGCACCUGAUGGGAUGCAUUUCGUAGGGGCUGACGUCGACUCUCAGGAACUCUGGAUAGCAUCGCUGCUUGGUGACGCAGCCUUCGCAAAACUCCCUGGCUGCACUGCCUUUGGCUGGAUGACUCUUCAGGGUAAUAAGGCUGACGGAACGGAUAUGCACUCAAGAACAGCUGCCUCGGCCGGCUGCUCGAGGGAUCAUGCUAAAGUGCUCAACUAUGCCCGAAUUUAUGGCGCGGGUCAAAAGUUUUCUGCAACAUUACUCAAACAGUUUAACCCCAGCCUAACCGAAGAAGAAGCGGCAGCCUGCGCCAGCAAAAUGUUCAAAUCCACAAAGGGCACACGUAGUUCGACGAACACGGAUGAUUUUGUAUGGUGCGGUGGAAGCGAAUCUCACAUGUUCAAUGAGCUCGAAAAAAUUGCGAGAAGUGAAAAAACUAGCACGCCUGUUCUCGGAGCCCAAAUCUCUCAGGCUUUGCAGUCAAAGUAUGUGAGUAACAAGUACAUGACGUCGCGGAUUAACUGGGUCGUUCAAAGUUCGGCCGUAGACUAUUUGCAUCUGAUGCUAGCAUCAAUGAAAUAUCUAUCGGAGAAAUUCGAAAUUGAUCAGCGUCUCGUGGUUUCAAUUCACGACGAGGUUCGAUUCAUGGUUCGAUCAGAAGAUCGUUAUCGGGCUUCUCUAGCACUGCAUAUUACUAAUUUACUAGUGCGAGCUUUAUUUGCGGAAAAAGUUGGCAUGGAUGACUUGCCAUUCAGCGUGGCGUUCUUCAGCGCCGUGGACAUCGACCGUGUAAUUCGUAAAAACGUAGCAGAUGACAGUGUAACUCCGUCAAACCCCCAUGGCCUAUACAAAAAUUACGGUAUUCCCUAUGGCGAAGAGGUUGAUAUAUAUAAAAGCGUUGAGCUUACAAACGGUGGUAAACUCCAUAAAGAUAAAUUUGCAUUUAGAGAAUGCAAUAAACGUACAAACAUUGUCUAGAUUGCGAGCAUCUCGGUCACAGUUAAUGCAUCGAAGUGCGUUUUUUUUUUAAAGUUCUGCUCUGAGAGUUAGUUACUGCCUUCAGUAAUUUGUUACGGACAAGUUGGGAGAUCGAUCAUAACCUUUAGGCGCCAGAUACGGUGAAAAUAAUUUUUACUAGACAAACAAUCGGUUGUUUACUAGGCGCGUGCAAAAACAUGAGCGUCGUUCUCUUGCUUUAUUAUUCAUAUACUUGCACAUGAUGGCCCUUCGAUGUACAGUCUGGUUGCCUACCGUAAUAUGUAAAACAUUAAUGGGUAGCUGUUGUCACUUUUGUUGUACACAGUAUUUCCUUAUAAAUUAACUGUGAAUACGCUGUUAAUAAAUGUAUGAGUAUUUUAUUGAGUACGUUUAUUGUCCUUACCGCAACGGGAUGAUCGUAUAUACUUUAACUCACCCACUUAAAAAAAGUACCUUCUUUUUGUAAUUGAUUUGAAUGCCGUAGAGCAUGCAUUUUCGGUUAUGAUUGCA